UAAAUCUAAUUUCAGCAGAAACGAAAACGGAAAGGACGGUGGGUGCAACUGGUGGAGAGAGAAAAGAACCGUCUUUUUCUGCAGAAAGGAGUUCAACAACUUGAAGUACAAGUUGCUUAACACUCUGGUGUGAAACCAACGUUAUUGCGUGAUACCCAUUGACGAAAAAACAAGUGGGGAAAUUGCUUUUAUAUUUACUUUGCAUUUUCGGAGAGAAAGUACAACAGUUUUCAGUGGUUACAGAUGCUUCUUCAAAUUCCUAUAUGGUGACUAAAACUGCUCAGUUACUAAAUUUGUAGAGCUUUUUGACUCAGAUUUUUAAUGUAUUUUUCUAUUAUAAAGAAGAAAAAGAUGAUGUGAUGGAACAAUCAAGAUUCCAAAACACGAUUCUGUGCGCUAACAUGGAACCUAGAAAUGAUGAAUACCACCAGCCUGGGUCACAGUCAGUUUUGCAGGACCAUCUGAAUGGCAUACAUACCAGUAGAAGACCAGAUGACCUCAACACAUCAGAAGUUAAACCUGUACUUAAUUACUCCAUACAGACAGGUGAGGAAUUUGCUCUUGAAUUCAUGAGAGAUAGGGUGAAUAUCAGGAAGCCUGUAUUAUCAAAUGCCAGCGAAUCCAAUUAUACUCCAGGUUAUAUGGAACUGAAAGGCAUUUUAGGCAUCAGCCAUGCAGGGUCUGAAAGUGGAUCUGAUAUUUCUAUGCUUUCAGUGGUUGAUAAAUAUCCAAAAGAGUUUGAUAGAAUGAACACAUCGUUACCUGGGGACAGAAGCAAUUAUGGGUCGAUCCGAUCAAUGCCAAGAACUUCAUUGAAUCAGGACAAUAGACAAGUUGUACCUGGAUAUGGCUCUUUUGGAGUUCAUGAUAGAUCAAUAAUGAUGAAAUUUCUUUGCAGCUUUGGUGGCAGAAUAUUGCCACGACCAUGUGAUGGAAAGCUAAGGUAUGUCGGGGGUCAAACACGCAUUCUUCGAAUAAGAAAGGAUAUAUCUUGGCUGGAGCUCAUGCAGAAAGCAUUACAAAUUUAUAAUCAGGUUCAUGCAAUCAAGUAUCAGCUUCCUGGGGAAGAUCUUGAUGCUUUGGUAUCUGUGUCAUCUGAUGAAGAUUUGCAGAAUAUGAUGGAAGAAUGCAAUCAUCUAGAAGAUAGAGAAGGAUCACAAAAGCUUAGGAUGUUUUUGUUCUCAAUGAGUGAUUUGGAGGAUGCUCAGUUUUGUCUCAGCAGCGUGGGUGAUGAUUCUGAGAUCCAGUAUGUUGUUGCCGUUAAUGGCAUGGACUUGGGAUCAAGAAAAAACACAACCAUGAUUGGUGUCAGUUUCUCUGCAAAUGAUAUAAAUGAAUUGGACAGGCAAAGUAUUGACAAGGAGACUAGUAGAGUUGGUGUAGAUUCCAUCGCACAAGGCAAUGCUCCCUUGACUAACAAUUUUGACUCAUCAUUGAGCAUUCAGUCUUCACUACCUGUGCUACCAACUUCCUCAAAUUCUUAUGAAAAAUAUCCACCGUUUUACGGUGAUCAAAUGAUGCACCACGGGGAACCUAAUGAUCAAUAUCUCAUUAAUCAUGGCUUUAUUCCUUCUCAUAAACCUGUCAUCGGAGAAACUCCUAUCAUUAUGCCUCCUCAUAUGCUCGUUAGUCAACAAGGGAUUCUGAAUGAAGGCCUUCCACCUCGUGGAAUGCAAGUACAAAAUUCAGAAAUACCAGCAACAUUGGCAAACAAGAUUGUUGAUGGUUCAAUUCAACAAGGAAGUGGCACUGGGAAAUCCACAGAAUUACCAUCUCCAGCUCCUGCACAACUGGUUAAUGGUUACAUGAAAAAUAAUUUUACUGAAGCAUCGGUUGUUGUUACUGCACCAGAGGGACAUUCAUUGCAUCCAGCAAAAAUGGAAAAGCAUCAGGAUUAUGAAGAAACUUCUACAUCUAGCAGUGCAUUUGGUCCUGCUUAUGUUGAUUCCCACUCCAAUGCACCUGACUUGAGUUCUCUUCAUCCUCCUCCUCUUCCUAAAAGAGUUUAUUAUUCAGAGAGAAUUUCACGGGAACAAGUAGAGUUGCUGAAUCGGUCCUCAAAAUCAGAUGAUACACACAGUUCUCAGUUCCUUGUUUCAGAUUUACUUUCCGACGUCAACCCACCAGAUUCAGGUACAGAAUCUGGUGACAAGUUACAUGAUGGAAAUCUGCCUAAUCUAACUGAGGAAUUGGGUGUAACAGAAAAUCUCUUGCAUGCAGAUGGCUAUGCCAUUGAUAAUGGAGCUGUGAAACACCAAAUAUACAAACAACUUCCUGAUGCAAGCGGUCAGAUGAAAUCAAAGCUAACUGAGCAUGUGAAUCCUGAGUUGAAGCGGGUAUUAUCAGACAAUGAAGGAAGCAAAGAUGUGUUAAAUAAGGAUAAUGUUGUUGCGUUGGAAAUGGAAAUUUAUAGUAAAAAUAACUAUAACAAAACCCUGAUUGAUGAGACAAAAGCCAGUAAAUCUGACUUGCCUAAUUUGCACCAGGGUUCCUCUGGUAAGCACCUUGAUGAUCCAGCAUCCAAUCUUCCAGAGGUUGAUUGGGGCGAUGCCUCUGUGAAGGAGUCUAAUGACGAUAUUAAUGUGCAAUCCUUACCUGUUAGUUUAAAUGGGAGUGCAGCUAUAAAAGAUGAUUCUGAAGAAUUUCCUUCAAAUGUUGUUUCCAAACAAGCACAAGGUGACAUCCUUAUUGAUAUUAAUGAUCGGUUUCCCCGUGAAUUUUUCACUGAUAUAUUCUCUAAAGCAGUACUUGAAGAAGAUCCCUCUAUUCUGCAUCCAUUAACCUCAGAUGGAGCGGGCUUAAGUGUAAACAUGGAAAAUCGUGAACCUAAACGAUGGUCAUAUUUUCAAAAAUUGGCCCAAGAGGGGAUUGAUAAUGUAUCUCUUAUGGAUCAGGAUCAUCUUGGUUUUUCACCUGCAAUAGGAAAAGUGGUUGGAGAUAAUAGGGAUCAACAUGUCACACCUUUAACAACUGAUGAAAAUUCUCUGAACCAUGCCGAGUCCCACCUCGAUUUUGUUGAAGAAAAUAUAAGAAACUUACAUGGAAGGGUUGGAGCAGAAACCACUGAACGGAAGUCAGAUUAUGGUCAUUCUCAAGUGAACAACACCGAAAGUAUGCAAUUUGAUGCUAUGAUGGAACACAUAAGAGCACAAGAUUCAGAAUAUGAGGUUGGGAAGUUUGAAAAAAGGAAUAGCAAUCUACCUCCUCCUGAUCCUUCUUUAGGAGAGUUUGAUCCAAGUACCUUUCAGGUCAUAAUGAAUGAUGAUCUUGAAGAGCUGAAGGAACUGGGUUCCGGUACCUUUGGGACUGUAUAUCAUGGAAAAUGGCGAGGAACAGAUGUUGCCAUUAAAAGAAUAAAGAAAAUCUGCUUCACUGGUCGGUCAUCUGAGCAAGAGAGACUGACUGUAGAAUUCUGGCGAGAAGCUGAAAUUCUUUCCAAGCUUCAUCAUCCAAAUGUGGUGGCAUUUUAUGGUGUAGUGCAGGAUGGACCAGGAGGAACAAUGGCCACUGUUGCAGAGUACAUGGUGGAUGGUUCUCUUAGGCAUGUAUUACUUCGCAAGGAUAGGUAUCUUGAUCGUCGUAAGAGACUGAUAAUUGCAAUGGAUGCAGCUUUUGGAAUGGAAUAUUUGCACUCAAAAAAUAUUGUACACUUUGACUUAAAAUGUGACAAUUUGUUGGUAAACAUGAAAGAUCCUAUGCGGCCUAUAUGCAAGGUUGGGGAUUUUGGCUUGUCAAAAAUUAAGCGAAAUACCUUGGUUUCUGGUGGUGUGCGGGGGACUCUCCCUUGGAUGGCACCAGAGCUGCUGAAUGGUAGCAGCAACAAGGUCUCAGAAAAGGUUGAUGUGUUCUCCUUUGGCAUAGUAUUAUGGGAGAUUCUAACCGGUGAGGAACCAUAUGCCAAUAUGCACUAUGGUGCAAUCAUAGGCGGAAUUGUGAAUAACACAUUAAGGCCAACAAUCCCAAAUCAUUGUGAUCCUGAAUGGAGAACACUGAUGGAGCAGUGUUGGGCACCCAAUCCUGCAGCUAGGCCAUCAUUCACAGAAAUUGCCAGUCGAUUGCGCGUAAUGUCGGCGGCCGCUAGCCAAACCAAAACUCAGGGCCAGAAGGCUUCCAAAUGAUUGAAACAGAUGUUGAUGUUGGUGUUGAUGCAUUUUCUUGAUGAAAAUGGAUACUGUUAAAUUUAUUCAUUGAAUGGUACUCCAAGGUUGUAUUUUGUUGCCAGGGGCAAUUACACUAUUAUUUUAUUGAUGAUUCAAUGUUUGCCUGAUUAAACUUUUGUUGUUCAUUCAACAACCUUAAUAGAAAUUCAAAGUUGUCAUAUUAGUUC